CAUUGGCUCAGCGAUAAAUCUGAAUGUUUACAGCACUAAAAAGUCCAUUGUGUAACUUCGUGCUUAACAACAAAACCCUUGGUUUACCGAUAUUUCGCUACUGUAGGAACGAGUAAGGAAGGUGAUGCAACGGCAAGGUAGACGACAAUGGCAGCCGGGAAGUGUUUUGAUUGGCUCUCAAAGAAAUGUUGCAGUUCUCUGCCUUGCAGACCUUUUGAAGAAGAAUUAAAGAUGUCAGACGGUGACCAGACAUACCACUACCAGCGUUCUGACACAUUAACAGGAACAUUACUUUCACCAGUUUCUGAUGAUGAUAACAAAAACAGAUUUUUUAGCAGGGAAGGUCUUGCUGUAACCAGAGGUGGACAUAAGGGAAAAGCUAUUGCUGUGCUAACCAGUGGUGGAGAUUCUCAAGGAAUGAAUGCUACUCUCCGAGCUGUGUGCAGAAUGGGACUAUAUAUGGGAGCUAGAAUGUACUUCAUCAAGGAAGGCUACCAGGGAAUGGUAGAUGGUGGGGAGAACAUUGUAGAAGCAGGAUGGGUUAGCAUUUCAGGAAUCAUCCACAAGGGUGGAACAGUAAUCGGAAGUGCUCGAUGUAAAGAAUUUCGUGAGAGAUCAGGUCGGUUGAAGGCUGCUGCAAACCUGGUGAGGCAUGGAAUUACUAACCUUGUGGUCAUUGGUGGUGAUGGUAGUUUAACAGGUGCUAACCUUUUUCGCCAAGAGUGGGGUUCUCUGCUUGAUGAGCUGGUUGAGCAAGGUGAGAUAACACCAUCCAAGCGAGCUGAGUGUAGCAGCUUGAACAUUGUGGGCAUGGUUGGCUCCAUAGACAAUGAUUUUUGUGGUACCGAUAUGACCAUUGGGACAGACUCGGCUCUCCAUAGAAUUAUGGAAGCUAUUGAUGCUAUUGUCACUACUGCUUCAAGUCAUCAAAGAACAUUUAUCCUGGAAGUUAUGGGAAGACAUUGUGGGUACCUUGCCCUGGUAGCAGCUUUAGCGAGUGAAGCAGACUUUGUCUUUAUCCCAGAAUGGCCUCCUGAGAAGGACUGGCCUGACAUACUGUGUAAAAAAUUGAAACAGGAACGAGAUUUGGGUCAGAGACUGAACACCAUUAUAAUUGCUGAAGGGGCUCUUGACAGGCAUGGAAACCCCAUCACGGCAGAACAGAUAAGACAGGUUGUAAUGGAAAACCUGAAACAAGAUUCUCGUAUUACUGUUCUUGGCCAUGUUCAACGUGGUGGGAGUCCAUCAGCAUUUGACAGGGUUUUGGGCUGCAGGAUGGGUGCCGAAGCCGUGUUAGCUUUGUUUGAAGCUACUCCAGAGUCGGAAGCUUGUGUGGUAUCACUAGAUGGGAACCAAGCCGUCAGGGUUCCUCUAAUGGAAUGUGUACAGAAGACAAAAGGAGUUGCAAAGUGCAUGAGUGAGUCUCGGUGGGAAGAGGCCGUAAAGCUAAGAGGAAGGAGUUUUGAAAGGAACCUUCAGACAUAUCGAAUGUUGACGAGGCUAAGGCCACCAAAAUCUGCCUUUGACUCCUUGGGUCAUGGAACUGGUGGCUAUACACUUGCAGUGAUGCACGUUGGAGCUCCGUGUUGUGGAAUGAAUGCAGCCGUCAGAUCCUUUGUUAGAAACUGUCUCUACCGAGGAGAUGUGGUGUAUGGUAUUCAUGAUGGAAUAGAAGGACUAAUUGAAGGAAAU